AUGUAGCGCAUCAGCCCGAGCAUCGGCAGCGCCCGUCCAGCCAUCAGGUGACGAGGCUUUGCUCCGCACUUCCUGGCCACCCACUGGAGUAUGCCCCAUCUCCGCACCGGGGAGAAGUUAUGGAGCCAAGCAUAGUGGAGCAGGACCCUCACGAUGCGCGCGGAGGAUGAAGCUGGCGGCCGUCGGCCCGGAUUGAGCAGGGCGGCUUCUGUGGUGGGCUCUCUCUGGCUUGCCUGUGCUGGGGACUGCCAUCUGCAAAGGCAAUACAUCCCUGUGCUGUGGGAAGGAGGCGUCCGGGCAGCACGAAAGCACGCCUGUAAGGUACCCAGAGCCCCCCACGGAGCGAGCGGGCCGGCGUUGCAGCAUGCCCGGCGGUGCCGGAGAGGACACCACCCCCAGCAUGGAGACCACCACCUCCACUCCCUUCCGGGUCACGGGGUUCCUGAGCCGCAGACUGAAGGGCUCCAUCAAACGCACUAAAAGUCAGCCCAAACUGGACCGCAACAGCAGCUUCCGGAACAUACUUCCAGCUUUCCGGGCCAUGGAGAAUGAGAGGUCACAUCUGAUGCCGAGGCUGAAGGAGUCACGGUCUCACGAGUCGUUGCUCAGUCCAAGCAGUGCGGUGGAAGCUCUGGACCUCAGCAUGGAGGAGGAGGUCUUCAUCAAGCCUGUGCACAGCAGCAUCUUGGGCCAGGACUACUGCUUUGAGGUAACAACUUCAAAUGGAACCAAGUGCUUCUCCUGCCGGUCAUCGGCAGAAAGAGACAAAUGGAUGGAGAACCUGAGAAGAGCCGUGCACCCGAACAAGGACAACAGCCGUCGAGUGGAAAACCUGCUAAAGCUGUGGAUCAUAGAGGCCAAAGAUCUGCCGGCCAAAAAGAAGUACUACUGCGAGCUAUGUCUGGACGACACCCUCUACGCACGGACUACCUGCAAGCUCAAAACAGACAAUGUCUUCUGGGGCGAGCACUUUGAGUUCAACAACUUGCCGGGCAUCAAGAGCAUAACCGUGCACCUCUACAAGGAGACCGACAAGAAGAAGAAGAAGGACAAGAACAACUACAUAGGCUUGGUCAACAUCCAGAUGGGCACAGUGACGGGGCGGCAGUUUGUGGAGAAGUGGUACCCUGUCAGUACGCCUAACCCCACCAAGGGGAAGGCACCGGGACCCAUGAUCCGCCUCAAGUCGCGCUACCAGAGCAUGAGCAUCCUGCCCAUGGAGUUGUAUAAGGAGUUUGCAGAGUAUGUCACCAACAACUACAUGUUGUUGUGCUCCGUUCUGGAGCCCGUGCUCAGCGUCAAGAGCAAGGAGGAGAUGGCAUCCGCUCUGGUGCACAUCCUGCAGAGCACUGGGAAGGCCAAGGACUUCCUGACGGAUCUGAUGAUGUCCGAGGUAGACCGGUGCGGGGACAACGAGCACCUCAUCUUCCGUGAGAACACUUUGGCCACCAAGGCCAUUGAGGAGUAUCUCAAGCUGGUUGGCCAGAAGUACCUACAGGAUGCACUUGGCGAGUUCAUCAAAGCGCUGUACGAGUCCGACGAGAACUGUGAAGUCGACCCAUCAAAGUGUUCCUCCAGCGACCUGCCCGAGCACCAGAGCAACCUGAAGAUGUGCUGCGAGCUGGCUUUCUGCAAGAUCAUCAACUCCUACUGCGUGUUCCCCCGGGAGCUGAAGGAGGUGUUUGCGUCAUGGAGGCAAGAAUGCAGUAACCGGGGACGACCGGACAUCAGCGAGCGGCUGAUCAGCGCCUCGCUCUUCCUGCGCUUCCUGUGCCCGGCCAUCAUGUCCCCGUCGCUCUUCAGCCUGAUGCAGGAGUACCCGGACGACCGCACGGCCCGCACGCUCACGCUCAUCGCCAAGGUCACGCAGAACCUGGCCAACUUCACCAAGUUUGGCAGUAAAGAAGAGUACAUGUCCUUCAUGAACCAGUUCCUGGAACAUGAGUGGACGAACAUGCAGCGAUUCCUGCUGGAGAUCUCCAACCCUGAGACCAUCUCUAACACAGCCGGGUUCGAGGGCUACAUCGAUCUGGGCCGUGAGCUGUCCACCCUCCACUCCCUGCUGGCAGAGGUGGUCUCUCAGAUGGAACAGAGUCCCGCUGCCAAGCUGGGGCCGCUGCCCCGGAUCCUGAGGGACGUGAAUGUGGCACUGGCCAACCCUGCUGGCCCCCCUGUGCCCGUCCCCUCCGAACGGAUGGCCUCGCCUCCUCCAAUUGGCUGCAACAUUUCGACCGGCCUGCCGAAAAUGGUCAUCGACAACGACCUGCCGGGGUUGGUUGACUUCACACGCCUGCCGUCGCCUACUCCAGAGAACAAGGACCUGUUCUUUGUGACGCGGACCUCUGGGGUGCAGGCGUCUCCGGCUCGCAGCUCCAGCUACUCGGAGACCAACGAACCCGACAUGCAGGUAUCCAACGGCAACAAGAGCCUGUCCAUGGUGGACCUGCAGGACAGCCGAAGCUUGGAGAACGGGCCCAACGCCUCGUCCAGCGACGGCCUCAACGAUGGACAGGCCGGGGGCAACGGCGCGUGGUCCGCCCGCACUACUCAGGGCAACUUCGGCGGCCAUACCUUAAGGAGGGUGGGGCAAACCCCAACAACGCCUAACGCAGAGGGUGUUCCGGGACGGCCUCAGCUGCUGGCCCCGUUGUCUUUCCAGAACCCAGUGUACCAGAUGGCCGCUGGGUUGCCAGUUUCGCCCCGCGGCAUGGCCGACUCUGGGUCAGAGUGUCACAGCUCCGUCAGCUCUCAGGGCAACAAUGAGGAUGUUACGGCAGGAAAGCACGCCUUCCUCAACCACGCGGCCAGCGUGGCGGCCAGUGGCGAAGACUUUGUGCGGCGUUCCGGCGAGUUUAACCGCCGGCAGCUGUCCCUCAACGAAUCCCAGAAUCAGCCCAACGUGCCGCGGCAGAACAGCGCAGGACCUCAGCGCCGUAUCGACCAGCCACCGCCCCCUGUCACCAGGGGGCGCACUCCCCCCAACCUGCUCAACACAUCGCCCUACCCUCGGCCCUCUAGCGGCAGCAUGAUGUCAUCAUCCCCCGAUUGGCCAGGCAGUGGAGCUCGACUAUGUCAGCAGUCCUCCUUCUCGAAAGGAGACAGUCCAGAAACCAAACAACGCACCCUACACAAGCAGGCCCCGUCCCCGGUGAACCCCAACGCUCUGGAUCGCACGGCAGCCUGGCUUCUGAAUAUGAAUGUGCAGUAUCUGGAGCACGAGGGGCUCGACCUGGAUCCGAAGCACAGGGACGACCUCAGAAACCGAGACGAUCUCUCACAGACUGAGAAGUACCAGCAGGAGAUCGCCAUCCUGCAGGAGAAACUCCGCAUCUCGGCCAAGAAGCUGGAGGAAUACGAGUCUCGGCUGAAGGAGCAGGACGAGCACUCCCACAAGAUGAUGAUGGAGUACCAGGCGCGGCUGGAGGAGUCUGAGGAGCGCCUGCGUCGGCAGCAGGACGACAAGGACCUGCAGAUGAAAGGGAUCAUCAGCAGGUUAAUGUCCGUUGAGGAAGAACUGAAAAAGGAUCAUUCGGACAUGCAGGCUGUGGUGGACUCCAAGCAGAAGAUCAUCGAGGCCCAGGAGAAGCGCAUCACAUCCCUGGAUGCAGCCAACGCACGUCUGAUGAGCGCCCUGACGCAGCUGAAGGAGCGCUACAGCAUGCAGACCCGCAACGGCAUCUCCCCCACCAACCCCACCAAGCUGCAAAUCACAGAGAACGGAGAGUUCCGGAACAGCAGCAACUGCUAGGAUGGACGGGACAACACGGCGCCACCUUGGACUGGGGCUCAGGAGGGCAGCUGCGUGAAGAGCUGCCAAUUGUCAGGGCGCAUUCAUGGGUGGGACAGCAGCUCUUUCAGGGUACAGCGGGCAUCGGGGGUGCAGGCAGUGCUGCACACGUUGACGAUGCGGUGGCAGAAUUCCAUUAUUUUCAAUGGAUGGUCAGUUCCAUUGGGAGCAGGGAGUAUUUUUUUAUUAUUGGUCACUGUUAUUUAUGGCUCUUUGGGUUAAAACUGAGGGCUGGAUCUGCUCUCCCAAGCUCUCAAGCACUUGAGGGUGACCUGGACUGGGUUGACUCACUCCCUCCGUAGGAGAAGAGAGACCCUCUAAAUCUGUGUUCAAGCUUGUGAGAAACCACUAUGUAAUGAGCGAAAUCCACCCAUCCAGAGAAAUCCAACCAUCUUUGCUUAGAAUCAAUUAACUAUGUUUCUCUCUAGCCAGGGUAUGGUUGUGCUCAUUUAAAUACGAAACACAAAAAAGAUCAGUCUUGUAAAGAGUCUUGUAUUUUAGAGGUGUUUUUUUCUACUAAGCGGAAACCUCAACAGUUUGUGGUAUCUCUCUCAUGUCAGUGUUACACUUUUUAUGUCAUUGUCCCAGGUCUCAGUGACCAGGACGGUUUAAGCUAAAUAUAUUUUGCAAUGCACGUUUUUAACAUUACAAUGAAAUUUAAAAUGGUUUAGUUUGUACUAUAAACCUCGAGCUGA